GAUCCAUAUACCGCCCCCAUCCCGCGCAACAAAUCGUCAAGGCCCAAAUUUGACGUCGACUUGGCCUUGUGGGGAUCGCGCUGCAAAAUCGGCCGCAGGUUUCGAGCUGGUCGGCUGAUAUUUCCCAAGCCUAGUUCCCCAAUUGAUAGCGACGGCGGCUCCUUCGAACCAGAAGUUCUUGGGCUCUCGUCGACUGUCACCCGGGGCUCAGUAACUACCUACUAGUAGUCCCCCAGUUAUGACCUAGGGCUGCAAAACGCGAUGAGGAACGGCAAAACGGAUGGCCAUGAUUCGGAUAAUUCGAUGCUGGACCCUUUGCCCUGCUCUCAAGGUCGACGCCUCCGCCGGACCAGACCGCCUGUGCAUCGGCAACCAUGGUCGUCUAUGUUGACCUUGCGACCAAUCCCCGCGGACGGACUAUUAUCGCAGCUUUGUGGCCUAUGACCACGCUUGCAAGCGUCUUCCUAGGCCUUCGACUCUACAGCAAGCUCACGCGCAGCCGGGGGCUUUGGUGGGAUGACUGCUUCAUCAUUGCCGCCUGGAUGACGCUUCUUGUCAGCUGCGCAACGUCGACGGCAAAUUGCCGUCUUGGAUUCGGUCUGCACGACUACCAGAUACCGCUAGAAAAUAUUGUAACGCUGGGCAUCAAUAGCCUCACAUCCGGUACCACGUCCGUGAUUUCCGUGGCCUGCAGCAAGACGUCGUUCGGCAUAACGCUGCUCAGGCUGACCGAUGGCUGGAUGAAGCGGUUCAUCAUUGCGCUUCUCGUCCUCCUCAACACCACGCACUACUUCAGCGCAGUGGCCUUCUGGGUGUCAUGCAACCCACCGGCCAAGACGUGGAAUCCGCUGCUACCUGGAGAAUGCUGGCCAGCAUCCGCGACGGUUAGCUACAGCGAGUUUGUGGGCGCCUGUUCGGCGUUCUGCGACUUUGCCCUUGCGCUGUUGCCCUGGCGGCUCCUGCUCAGGUACGACAUGUACAACAGAGAGAAAAUCGGCGUGGCGAUUGCCAUGAGCAUGGGUGUCUUCGCCGGCAUAAUAUGCAUCGUCAAGAUGACCACCAUUCCCCUCCUCAGAGACGGCGACUUCAGCUAUAACUCCCUCCCGCUUGUUUGCUGGGGCUUCGCGGAGCCGGCCCUAACAAUCGUGGCCGCCUCCAUCCCAAUGAUGCGCCACCUCUUCAAGAGCUUCCGCCGCGAUGCCGGCUCCGGCCAGCCAACCCUCCACCUGAGCAACGCGAGUCUGAGCAUACACAACUCCAUAGGCGGCGGGCACAGCGGUCGGGCUGCUGCGGCGCGCGCGAACAACAACCGCGGCGGUGCCGUCAGCCGGGCGGGGCACAGGAUCAAUCCUAAUUCUAAUCCUAAUCCUAAUCCUAAUCAAGACCUCACACAAAGUCGCGACCUAAAUCAAUAUGGCGCUUCUCGGCUCGAAGAGGGACGGGCGCCCGGUGCGAGGGACGAUGAUCGGAGCGAGAGGAGUAUCUUGGCGCCGGCCGCCGGGAGUAGUACCGCUACCUUGGGCGUGAGUGACGGCGGGGGAUCGCCUGUGUCUGGGAGGGGUGGCGGUAUAGUCAAAAUGUGUUAUGAGAUUGGGAGCUUCGGGAAGGCUGAGGACGUUAAAUAAAGUGAUCUUCAUAGUGAUCCAUCAUGGAAUCCUUCGACAUUUCCCAGGUACCUCACUCCGUUUGCUGUCGCGCGCCGC